AUGCUCUGCUGUUUCUGGCCCCUGGGCAUUGCUGCGUUCUUCCUGUCACAAAAGACCAACAAAGCUUCAGCUCAAGGCGACUACCAUGGGGCCAUCGUUGCCUCCAGACAGACAUUCCUGUUGGCGGUUCUCUCGAUCUUCCUGGGCAUUUGCACCUACGUGGGUGCUGUGGUGGCACUCAUUGCCUAUCUGUCCAACAGAGCCCCCACCUAG